CGCUCCCAUCUGGCGUCCUUUGUUUUUCCCGCUAUUUUUCCCGCCGUCUGCAUCUGCCUCCAUCAUCAUCAAUUUCAAUAGGCAAUUAAUCUGAAUCUAUCUGCUUACCUGCCUCGCCGUCCGCCCCACUCCCUAGUGUCUGCUUAGCCUUCCGAUCGCGACUGGGCGCGGCACCCCUUUACCCUGCACUUGUUCAGCCCAGUCUUACCCGCAAUUUGGCCAUUGCCAGUCCGACUAGGGAGGGACAAAUAAAUAUGUCCCCCAUCUAACCCGCUGCCUCUCUCUCGUUUUCUCUUUUCCCUCGCCCCGCCCACCGCUGAUGGCUACAACUUCGGCCGUCCGUAUUCUGGCCCUCCGGCCGGUUGUCCACGGUUUAGGAAAAUUAUUUCUCUUCACUCUCGCUCAGCUGCCUCUCAUUGCCGGCGCCCCGACCGUUCCUUAUCUCAAACGCUCCGAAGAAAUUCAUGCUUUAUCCCCCAGUGAUCCCAGUCUAUGGCUGUAUCUCGGUGUGGCCGCCGCGCUCGUCUUGAGCGGCGGCGCAUUUGCUGGUUUGACCAUCGCCUUGAUGGGCCAGGAUGAGGUCUAUCUACAGGUCAUUCAGACGUCCGGUGAAGGUUCCGAGCGAAAAAACGCAGCCAGCGUGCUGAAAUUGCUAAAACGAGGGAAACACUGGGUUCUGGUGACGCUGCUGCUCAGUAACGUCAUCACGAACGAGACCCUGCCCAUUGUCCUGGACCGCUCGCUUGGCGGGGGAUGGCCUGCGGUUCUCGGCAGUACAGUCCUGAUCGUGAUUUUCGGCGAGGUUGUCCCCCAGUCCAUCUGCGUUCGAUAUGGCCUUCCCAUCGGUGCUUGGAUGGCCCCCUGUGUCUUGGCUUUGAUGUACCUUAUGUCCCCGGUGGCAUGGCCCGUGGCCAAAUUGCUCGACCGACUGUUGGGUGAGGAUCACGGCACCAUCUACAAAAAAGCGGGUCUAAAGACCUUGGUAACACUCCACAAAACUCUUGGAGAAGCGGGCGAGCAGCUCAACUCCGAUGAGGUUACCAUCAUCAGUGCUGUCUUGGAUCUGAAGGACAAAGCUGUCGGUGCCAUCAUGACUCCGAUGGAGGAUGUUUUCACCAUGUCUGCCGACACCGUCCUUGACGAGGAGACGAUGGACUUGAUUCUCUCCCAGGGAUACUCCCGCAUCCCGAUCCACGCUCCCGACAACCCUCUGGACUUUGUCGGCAUGCUCUUGGUCAAGAUGUUGAUCACUUACGAUCCCGAGGAUUGCAAACGGGUUCGCGACUUUGCCCUAGCCACGCUUCCCGAAACUCGGCCCGAAACCAGCUGCUUGGACAUCGUCAACUUCUUCCAGGAGGGCAAGUCCCACAUGGUACUGGCCUCUGAAUACCCCGGUGAGGAUCGGGGCGCCUUGGGCGUGGUCACAUUGGAAGAUGUGAUUGAGGAACUGAUCGGCGAGGAAAUUAUCGACGAAUCCGAUGUUUUCAUUGACGUUCACAAAGCCAUCAGACGUAUGACACCUGCCCCGAAAUCUCGCGUGCCCAAGGGCAAAAUUGUGGAAGAACCGCCCAUGCUAUCGGGAGGCCAGCUUGCUCAAGGCACUUUGGUCGACGUCGGUGCUGGAGGUCGGCCACGCGGACAAUCGGAGGGACGGCGAAGCUCGGUGGAAGCUCCGCUGCCGCGGUUCCAGCUUCGCAGGCAACACCAGGACAAAAGCUCGGAAUCGCCCGAUGGUUGGGUUACUCAAAGAGGCACCACGGAUGAGAUCCGCGAACAUUUGAAGCAUCUCGGACCCUCCAACUUGGCAAGUCGACCCCGCCACACCCGGUAUCAGAGCGUGAAGAUCAAGCGGGCUGGUGGCUCGCCGACUCGUUCGGGACAGACGGAUGGCGAGUCCGCCCUCAGCACUUCCUCUGGACACCGUCGUGCCUCUUCGCUCGGCCUACCUGGUGGCAUUGGUGCCGGACUACUACAAUCGGGUGGCUUGGACGCCCGAGAUGGCGCGCAUGCGCUACGCCUCGGGUACGACACCAUGUCGCAUACCCCGGCCGCGGACACGGGAACGCAGACGAAAGACGGGUCCGGCAUAUCCAUCCCGGAACCUGUUCGCGAAGAGCAGGAUGAAUAUGGACGCUCCGCCGGGUCAAGUGCAGCUAUUAGUAUCUGGUCGUCCGACUCACGGUCCCACGACCGCCUCAAGCCAUCCAAUUACCAGCAUCAAGGGCCCGCCCGGAGUGGUAGCAUCACCGAGCAAGUGGUCGAUGUCAAUGGAAUCCGUAAAGUGGUUCUGCACACCACGAGUACAAGUUCCUCGGAUGAGGAAUAUGGGGCUAAAUACCAAUUGCGCCCGGAUGGAUCCAUCCCUGACCUUAACGAUACCGAGAUGACGAAAACCAACGGAUCGAAGAAACGUCGUCGAAAACACAAGCGGGGCAAGGGCUCGAAGGGAGCGCCGGAUGAUCAAGAGGAAUCGGCACUUCUCCUACCGCAAUGACCUUUGGCCUGAGCUUCAAUGCUCCUCUGCAGGUCAGACAGGGCACACUUCAGUUCUAUACACGGGAGCGUCUCAGAUUGUAUGAUUUGUGUAGUGGAGACGUUUGGACGUGCCCGUUCUUCCUUUCUUUUUGUGGAGACAUACCUUCCACCUAGCAUAGCCUGUAUAAUGCAUCAGUGAUCAUUCUUGUUCUGCGAUUUAAGUACUUCGAUGUUCAGUAUUCUAAAAUCAGUCUGGUUGUA